GUUGAUGUACUCCUAAUUUACCAUAUUUAUGAUCGUGUUUUGUCACACUUUUAAUACUUUAUUUCUCAUUUUUAAAUAAAAAAGAUUGAUCUUUAUCAUCUUGGACAUUUUAAGGUAUUGCACUUGUUUUGGUAUAUUUUUGAGUUUCAGGAUAAUUCGGGAUGUAUAUUAAUUUCUGAAAAGAAAAUAAAUAUUACUCCCGAGUGAAGACGGAAAAAUCAUCAAAGUGAAGCGAGUCCUUACUUUAUCUCCGAAAUAUUUAUACAGAGACCCGAAGUUCAUUUCAGAAUAAACCAGACUGUCUACAAUAAAAUGUACCGGUUAACUAUUUGACCAGUUAACUGAUCAAACAGCUAACCGGCCAAAACAACAAAUGCCCGAAAAGAGCCAAAGUCUGGCUGACAGGCUGAGUGGGUGAUUACAUGAUAUGUUACAUUAUCCACUCAUGAUGUAUGAAGCUCCACCGUAGAAAUAAACUCCAAAGAAGAAACACAAAGGAGGACAUUGUAUUGAAUUAUUGAUGGAGCCUGAAGAGACUGGCGAACUACUGCAAUUGUCUUCAUCACCUUUCACUCUGCAAUCAAAGAGAUCGAGAACAACAGCAAACGAAGAAAAAUAAUACACGAUGAACAGGAGAGUUACUAUUUGCAGAAAAAUAUCAAGAGCGGCGAUCAAAUCUGAUGAAGACUGAAGUAAUAAUACUGCAAUAUUUAUUUUUCAGCACCUUCAUCUCAGGAUUAUUGAUGCUCCAGCCCCUUCUCCUGCUGCUAUAUAAAGGGCUCAUUCAGGAGCUUCAAAAAAAAGACACACCAAUUAGGAGAGAAAUCUCCCUCUUCUUUCUUUAGCUUUGUUCAUAGUAGUAGCAAUAAAAUAAAAGUGAUUCUUUCAGGAACACUUUCUGUAAAAAUUCAGUUUGUAAUUUUCAUUCCAGAAUUUCAGUUCUAUAUAUUUCAACAAUAAAGUUCAUUUGGAGAUAUCAGUUCGAAGUUAAUCAGUUUCAGCUUAAUCUGAGGAUUUCAAUCUUUUCUGUUCCAGCUCUUCUAUGUUCUUGAAUAUUUAUGCCUUCAGGUUCUUAUUUAAACACUCACUUUAAUUUCUUUAAUCUGUUAAUUUAAUUAUGCCUAGCAUGAAUUUUACUCUUAAUUUGUUUACUAUAAUUAUGUGUAACUAAAUUAGUUUAGGCUUGGGCAAGAUGUAAAUUUUACUGUUAAUGUUCAUAUGAUAAUAAUUGGUUAAAACUUUUACUUGGUUAAUUUUAGGGGUGUUGGGUUGAAUGUUCUAAUCUGCUAAAUACAUUAUAUUGGGAAAUGAAUAUUAUCACGGGAGUGAAGUUUCAUUAAAAAUCCUUUUAGUUAACUCACCCACUAAAUUGCUACACGGAAGUGUUAAGGAAUUUAGGAUAAUUUGAUUUUGUACUUUUUACUGUCUUAAUAAAAUUACCGCGGGAGCGGAAUUAAUUUAAGAUAGUGUAAUCAACUAAGUCGUGGGAACGAUUAGAAGAUGACCAUUUGAAAAUCUUUCACACACCUAAAAGUAACCAAGUUAAUCAGUUAAAUCUUUAUUAUUAUGAACAUGAAAAUAAAAUUACUCUUAGCCCAAGCCUAAUUUUCACUAUAUCAUUAAUUGUUAAAUUAUCAAGUAUUGUGAUUUAUUUUAUUUCCUAGCAAUUUCACAUUUAUAAAAACAAGAUAAAAAAUCUGUUCACUUAGCUCCAUUGCAAAAUGUUAUCAAUUUUUGAUUAGCUAAAAAUCAAUCAUUAAUUCUAGUUCUCUUUUUGAGCCAUUCUCUAGCGGAACGAUACUCACUUACUCUAUACUAUAUCGUUACAAGCCAAUUAAAACAUCAUUUCCAUUCACAUUUUUACACCAUUUCACACUACACAUUUUGGCAUGUCACGAUUUUGGCGCCGUUGCCGGGGAAUGGCAUAGUUUUAUUGAUUGAUUAUUAGUUAAUAUUAGUGUUUGUUUUUAUUUAUUUGGAGACUAAGUGUUUUUAUUUCCUGUUAUCAUCACUUGUUUUUAGUUUCCAAUUGUAAAAAAAAAAAAAUAGUGUAUGCAUACUCGCUCUCAAGGGAGUGAAGGAUUGCAACCACUUAACCUUGAUUUUGAAAAAGAAUUAAGGAAAAGAAGAAAGGCCCAAAUCCUUGAACUUAAAAUUCCAAAUCAGAUCAUGGAGGACCUUCACAACAAUCCCAAUAAUCCAAAUAGCCAAAACCAAAUUUCAAAUCCAAAUCCAAAUCCUACGCCACCACAAAAUACCCCUAUAAAUACACCCAUUGAUACUCCUAGAGAUAGACAUAAUCCUUUCUUUGGAGAUCAAAGACCCCCUGGAUUUGAAAAUUUCCAACAAAUUCCUCCCCAAACACAACCCCAAUUUUAUCCACCACAUCCCUACCAAAAUCACCAAAACCAACCUCCACCAUAUCCAUAUACAUAUCCUUAUCCUUACCCACCUCCUCCAUUUAUACACCCAUAUCAACCUCACCCAUAUGGCCAAUACUACCAACACCCACAUAAUCAACAAGGUCAAGGGCAGUUCAUGAGACAACAACAACAGCAAGGAAGAAGACUUCUUGAUUAUGUUGCAGGUGAAAUUGAGGAACAAGAUAGCAUUCUAUAUCCAGGUGUGGAUGCAGCAAAUUUUGAGAUCAAACCAGCACUUAUCUCAUUGGUCUCAGCCAACAAAUUUGGCGGAUCAAAGAAUGAAGAUCCGACGAGCCAUGUGAAACAAUUCUUGAGAGUUCUCCAAACUCUGAAACUUAAUGGAGCCUCUGUUGAUGCCAUCAGACUCAGAUUGUUCCCAUUCUCACUGAGGGAUGAAGCAUUGAGUUGGUUGAACUCUAAACCAUCCGGUUAUUUCAACACAUGGGAGAAGUUGCAUAGAGAUUUCAUGAAGGAGUUCUAUCCUCCUUCUAAGGCAUCAAAAAUGAAGAAACUGAUCCAACAAUUCAGACAACAACCAUCAGAAUCUCUUUAUGAAUCAUGGAAGAGAUUUAAAGAUCUUCAAGUUCAAUAUCCACAUCAUAAUAUGAGCAUGGGUGAUCUCAUUGUCUCAUUUUAUGAGGGAUUACAAGAUAAUUCCAAAAUUGUUGUUGAUGCCUCUGCUAAUGGAGCUUUCAUGGAGCUUGAUCCCGAAACAGGCAAAGAGAUGCUUGAAAAAAUUUGCAACAACAGUGCAUCAUGGUAUUCUGAAAGAUCCACUCAAAAGCUAGGAGCAGGAAUUUAUGAGGUUGACCAAACAACAGCUUUAACAGCAAAGGUUGAUUCUCUCACAACCAUGGUUCAAAAGCUCACUGAGAAGCAAUCAUCAUCAACUUCUAGCGCAGCAACAAAUCCAUCAUCAUCUGUAGCUCAAGCUUUGUUCUGUGAACUCUGUGGGGGAGGGCAUUCUUUUAAAGAAUGUAAUUUUCUUGAACUUACACAAAAUGUUCCUUUUAGCCCCACAGUAGAACAAGCUGAUGCUAUAUAUGGUAGACCUCAAGUACCAUAUCAAGGAAACUAUAAUCCUCAAGGGAAGACACAUCCAGGAUUUUCAUGGAGUAAUUCAUCAGGUGCAGCAAAUCCAUCUUUUCCAUCCAAACCAACACCUCCUGGAUUUCAAAAUCAGCAAGGAUUCAGAGGAAACCAAAACAACCAACAAUUGAGGGGAAAUCAAGGGUACCAAAAUCCUCAAGGUUAUCCACCGCAACAACAAUUGCCACCACCACCACAACAACAACAAUUCGUUGGAGUUAAUGAUUUCCAACAGAUGAUGCAAGGAAUUACUAAUCAAUUCUCUCAACUCACAACUCAACUCAAUCAAAUUCAAGCUCACAACAAAAUGUUAGAGAGCCAAAUUGCUAGUUUUGCUUCACCAUCAACUAGCAAAGCUCAAGGAAAGUUGCCUGCCUACUCUGAACAUCCCAAGGAGAAUGUCAAUGCAGUCACUACAAGGAGUGGAAAACAACUUUCUGAUCCACCACUUAUAGUUGAGAAAGAAAAGAUUCCUGAAAAGGAGGCUUCACCAUCAAAGGAAAAUAAUGAAGAAGAUCUUACUUCUUCUGCAAAUGAAGGUUUAAAAAAGGUAGUGCAACCAUAUGCUCCACCUUUACCAUUUCCUCACAGAGCAAAGAAGAACACAAUUGAUGAGAGGAGGGAUAAAUUCCUUAAAUGGAUCGGUGAGUUGAACACAACAAUCCCGCUUCUUGAUGCUCUGAAACAUAUGCCUUCAUAUUCCAAAUUUCUGAAGGAAAUUUUGUCAAACAAAAAGAAGUUCGAGGAGAAAGCUACAAUAGCCAUGAGCGAGGGAUCCAGUGCUAUCAUUCAGAAGAAACUUCCAGAAAAAUUGAAGGAUCCAGGUAGCUUUACUAUACCAUGCAUAAUUGGAGGGUUCAUGGUCAACAAAGCUUUAUGCGACCUUGGGGCUAGUGUUAGCCUUAUCCCUUAUUCUAUGAGCAAGCGCCUUAGUCUUGGUAUUCCCAAGGCUACUUCAAUGACCAUUCAGCUUGCUGACCGAUCUGUUAAGCACCCUGUUGGUGUUCUUGAAGACAUUCCUGUACAGGUUGGGAAAUAUUUCAUCCCUUGUGACUUUGUCGUCCUAGACAUGGAUGAAGAUGAACGAGUACCUGUCAUAUUGGGAAGACCUUUCUUGGCCACUGCCGGUGCCAUCAUUGAUGUUAAAAAAGGUACGUUAAUAAUUGAAGUGGGGGAUGAAAGGGUUGAAUUCAAUAUUUUCCAAAUGGCGAGAAAUCCUGCAUGUGUGGAAGAUUGUUGGAGGGUUGAUAUAGUUGAUGAAUGUGUGAGAGACUUCAUGGGAUUCUUUCACAAUGAUCCUAUGGAAGUUUAUGAUGUGGAGGAAAUUAAAAAUAAUCAUGAGGGAGAAGAGUUAGUUGAGUGUGUAAAAAACAAAGAGAGUUGUAAAAAGAAUCAUGAGGGGGAGGAAGUGGAGAAACUGGUGAGAGAAGAAUUGAGGGAGGCUAACAACACAAAAGAACCACCCAAAGUUGAGUUGAAGCCUUUACCAUCAUACCUAAGAUAUGCUUAUCUUGGUGAAAACUCCACUUACCCAGUGAUUAUUAGCACUAAGUUGAACGGGGAGGAAGUAGACAAACUAUUGACCUUGCUGAGAAAACACAAACGGAUCAUUGGAUACUCCAUUGAUGAUCUAAUUGGCAUCAGUGCUAACUAUUGUAUGCACAGAAUAUAUCUUGAGGAAGGUUGCAAACCAGUGGUUGAACAUCAAAGGAGGCUCAACCCUAACAUGAAGGAUGUUGUGAAGAAAGAAGUUAUCAAACUUCUUGAUGCCGGAAUCAUUUACCCUAUCUCGGACAGCAGAUGGGUAAGUCCAAUCCAUGUUGUACCAAAGAAAGGAGGUUUCACAGUUGUUCCAAAUGAGCACAAUGAGCUCAUUCCUACUCGUUUGGUCACGGGAUGGAGAAUGUGCAUCGAUUACAGGAGGCUGAACAAAGUCACAAAUAAGGAUCAUUAUCCUUUACCUUUCAUUGAUCAGUUGCUUGAAAGGAUGGCAAACCAUAGCCAUUAUUGCUUUCUAGAUGGAUUCUCAGGAUAUUUUCAAAUCAUGAUCCAUCCAGAUGAUCAAGAAAAGACUACCUUCACGUGUGCCUAUGGUACAUUUGCUUUUCGAAGAAUGUCAUUUGGCCUAUGUAAUGCACCCGGAACUUUCCAACGAUGUAUGAUGGCCAUAUUCUCAGAUCUUAUUGAAGAAAUCAUGGAGGUAUUCAUGGAUGAUUUCUCUGUUUAUGGGACCUCAUUUGGUUCGUGCUUGGAUAAUCUUGAUAAAGCACUGACUCGUUGCCAAGAGGCAAAUCUUGUUCUAAACUGGGAGAAGUGCCAUUUCAUGGUAACAGAGGGAAUUGUUCUUGGUCAUAAGAUUUCAUCUAAAGGCAUUGAAGUGGAUCCAGCAAAGAUCGAGGUGAUCGAGAAGUUACCACCGCCAACAUCUAUUAAAGGCAUCCGAAGUUUUCUAGGGCACGCCGGAUUCUAUCGGCGAUUCAUCAAGGAUUUUGCUAAAAUUGCAAAACCACUCACAAGACUCCUGUCCAAAGAGGUUGAGUUUAUCUUUGACGAUGCUUGUCUUAAUUCCUUUUGCAAAAUUAAGAAAGCAUUAUGUUCUGCACCUGUCAUUCAACCACCAAAUUGGAGCAUGCCUUUCAUCCUAAUGUGCGAUGCCAGUGACUAUGCUGUAGGAGCCAUGUUGGGACAGAAACAAGGCCGGUGCAUACAUGCAAUUUAUUAUGCAAGCCAUACUCUCGAUGAUGCCCAACAAAACUAUGCCACAACAGAAAAAGAACUACUCGCUGUUGUCUUUGCAAUAGAGAAGUUCAGGUCAUAUCUUGUUGGAAGCAAAGUGAUAGUCUACACUGAUCACUCGGCUCUAAAGUACCUGUUUGCGAAGAAGGAGGCCAAGCCACGACUUAUUAGAUGGGUGUUGCUACUACAGGAGUUUGAUAUUGAGAUCCUUGACAAAAAAGGGUCUGAAAAUGUCAUUGCUGAUCACCUGUCCAGAAUUGAGCCACACACAGAAAAUGAAGCGACCAAAGUGUUACCCAUUGAUGAUUCAUUCACGGGAGAAUAUUUACUCUCAAUCAAGCACUUUUCUCCUUGGUAUGCUGAUUGGGUUAAUUACCUUGUCAGUGGUUAUAUUCCUUCUGAAUUCUCAUGGUCCCAAAAGAAAAAGUUCUUACAUGAUGCUCGCUCUUAUUUUUGGGAUGAACCACUAUUGUUCAAGAGAUGUGCUGAUGGGAUUGUUCGAAGAUGCAUCCCAGAAGAUGAAUUUGAGGCUAUCCUUUAUCAUUGUCAUUCAUCACCAUAUGGUGGUCAUUUCGGAUCCACAAGGACUUCAGCUAAAGUCCUACAGUCAGGUUUCUAUUGGCCUACAUUGUUCAAAGAUUCUCAAAUGUAUGUGAAAAGAUGUGAUCGAUGCCAACGCACAGGAUCUAUUGGCCGUCGAAAUGAAAUGCCGCAAUCCGGAAUACUUGAAGUUGAACUCUUCGAUGUAUGGGGAAUGGACUUUAUGGGACCAUUUCCCAGCUCAUGUGGCAAUUCUUACAUUCUUGUGGCUGUGGACUAUGUCUCGAAAUGGAUUGAAGCGAUUGCUAGUCCAACCAAUGAUUCCACGGUUGUGAUCCGAUUUGUAAAGAAAUUUAUUUUCUCAAGGUUUGGAGUUCCCAGGGCCUUCAUCACAGAUAAUGGUACACACUUUUGCAAUAAACAACUUGAGAAACUUUUGCUCAAGUAUGGUGUUAAUCACAAAGUGUCUACUCCGUACCAUGCACAAACUAGUGGCCAAGUUGAACUCUCAAAUAGGGAAAUUAAAUCAGUCCUUGAGAAAGUUGUAAAUCCCACAAGGAAAGAUUGGUCCCUCCGAUUAGAUGAUGCUUUAUGGGCCUAUCGUACUGCAUAUAAGACUCCCAUUGGGACAUCGCCGUUCAAAUUGGUGUAUGGGAAGUCUUGUCACUUACCAGUGGAGAUUGAACACAAAGCAUUUUGGGCUAUCCAAAGCCUAAACCUUGACUACACUUUGGCAGGGAAAAAGAGGCUAUUACAAUUGAAUGAACUUGAAGAAUUCAGACUUGAUGCCUUUGAGAAUGCCCGACUUUACAAGGAAAGAGCAAAGAAAUGGCAUGACGGAAGAAUCCUUAGGAGAGACUUUUCUCCUGGGGAUAGUGUGCUACUAUUCAACUCAAGGCUGAAACUCUUUCCAGGAAAGCUGAAAUCAAAAUGGUCUGGACCUUUCAAAGUUAUCAAAGCCUUUCCAUCUGGGGCAAUCAUUCUGGAGGCCAAUGAUGGGAGACAAUUCACUGUCAAUGGCCAAAGAGUUAAGCAAUACCAUGAAGGAGAUGACACAAAGGAGAAACUCACUGUUCAUCUGGAUGAUCCUCCUUACGAGUAAACCACCCAGGUAAUGUCGGGCACACGACGUUAAAAAUAGCGCUUCUUGGGAGGCAACCCAAGCUUAUUUACUUGCAUUUGAAUGUGUGUUUUGCUUGUGUGUUUGCAUUGAAUAAUUUUAUUUUCCCACCCAUUUACUCAUCCACCUUGUAUAUAUUUGUCACAUCGAGGACGAUGUUUCAUCCUAAGUGUGGGGGAAGAAUAUGCAUGUUUGUUUGUUUGUGAAUUGCCUUAUCAUCAGUAUAACGUUCAAAUCAUGCAUUCUAUUCUUUCACAUGAUAUGUGGAUUGUUGGCUGGACUUGUCUCUUAAUAUUUGGAUUGAGAAUCAUAAUUUUUGAGCGUUGAGUAAAAUUUUGGUCAAAUUUUAAACUUUGUACAAACACAAAACAUCUCAUGCAUGUAAAUGGUUAUCUAGUGAAACUGUUGUUCAAUAUGUUUAAGAUUGUGUAAAACAAGAGUGCUAUGUGCUUUUAUUUUCCUUGACAUGAUUUUCUGACUUGGCACAUUAGGAAAUGAUAUAGGCCAUUUUUCAUAAACCCAUAUACCUAGCCUUACCCAUGUGAUAAAUAUCCCUUGUUCAACCCCUUUGAGCCAUUUUUUUUAUAAGCGUUAUACGCUUAACCCUGCUUUUCUUAUUUUCUUUCAUAAAAACCUGUUAUAUGUGACCCUUAGCCUAAAAGCCAAACACUUUCCAACCACCCUAGAAUGAAUUUGCAUUAAUUUUAAUGAGUUUAGAGAGUGUCAUUCACAUUUAGGGAGCUUUAAUAAUUACACUUUUGUGAUUACUUAGUUGUUAAUAUUCAUUUAUAGGGGUAGUUGUUCUUGUUGUAUCAUCAUUGUACAUAUUGUUCUUGUAAAUUCUUAUGAUUAGAAGCAUUAAAAAGCCUUGAAAAAAAAAAAACAAAAAAAAAAAAACAAAAACAAAAAAAAAGUCAAAAAAAAAAAAACAGAAAAAAAGGAAAAUGAAAAAAAAAAGAAUAAAAAAAAAAAAAAUCUAAACAAGGCUAAUUAUCCAUGUAUAUGCUUCUCUCUUUUGUAUAUUUUUCUUGUACAUUAAUUUACUCUUUUACUAGUUACUACCCCUAACUGUUAAAAAAAUAACAAGUGUUGUAUAGAUUAUUGCCAAAAGCUCCUACUCACUACUUAGUACCUCUCUAAAUUUGUUAAAUUUAUGUCAAGUUCAUUUCUUUUGUUUCCUCAUUAAUUCCCUUUGUUCGUAAGCCUAUCCCACAGACCCCAUUAUAACCCUAUGUGAAAGUCCUAACUGAUCCUAAUUGUGUUUUGUCUGAACUAAGUUGAUAGGAAAAUCUUAUUUUGCAUAAUUUUGCAUGAUUGAAAAAAAUGAAGCUAGAUUCCAUCUUCACACCACACACUUUGUGUUUGUUAGAGUUGAGAUUUGACCAAAACGUUUCAAAUGAUAUGCAAAAUAUUUUUAUGAUUCUCACUUCUCUUAUUUUGUGACAAGUCAAGGGAAUUUGAUUGACCAGGUGGAAUGAAAGUAAAGUGUGCAUGAUUUGAGGAUUACACAUAUGAUUGGGCAAUUCAUUUUUGCAUGCUCGUUUGCUUGUGUGAAAUGUAAAUAUUUUUGCUUGAGGACAAGCAAAAUCUUAAGUAUGGGGGAGUUGAUGUACUCCUAAUUUACCAUAUUUAUGAUCGUGUUUUGUCACACUUUUAAUACUUUAUUUCUCAUUUUUAAAUAAAAAAGAUUGAUCUUUAUCAUCUUGGACAUUUUAAGGUAUUGCACUUGUUUUGGUAUAUUUUUGAGUUUCAGGAUAAUUCGGGAUGUAUAUUAAUUUCUGAAAAGAAAAUAAAUAUUACUCCCGAGUGAAGACGGAAAAAUCAUCAAAGUGAAGCGAGUCCUUACUUUAUCUCCGAAAUAUUUAUACAGAGACCCGAAGUUCAUUUCAGAAUAAACCAGACUGUCUACAAUAAAAUGUACCGGUUAACUAUUUGACCAGUUAACUGAUCAAACAGCUAACCGGCCAAAACAACAAAUGCCCGAAAAGAGCCAAAGUCUGGCUGACAGGCUGAGUGGGUGAUUACAUGAUAUGUUACAUUAUCCACUCAUGAUGUAUGAAGCUCCACCGUAGAAAUAAACUCCAAAGAAGAAACACAAAGGAGGACAUUGUAUUGAAUUAUUGAUGGAGCCUGAAGAGACUGGCGAACUACUGCAAUUGUCUUCAUCACCUUUCACUCUGCAAUCAAAGAGAUCGAGAACAACAGCAAACGAAGAAAAAUAAUACACGAUGAACAGGAGAGUUACUAUUUGCAGAAAAAUAUCAAGAGCGGCGAUCAAAUCUGAUGAAGACUGAAGUAAUAAUACUGCAAUAUUUAUUUUUCAGCACCUUCAUCUCAGGAUUAUUGAUGCUCCAGCCCCUUCUCCUGCUGCUAUAUAAAGGGCUCAUUCAGGAGCUUCAAAAAAAAGACACACCAAUUAGGAGAGAAAUCUCCCUCUUCUUUCUUUAGCUUUGUUCAUAGUAGUAGCAAUAAAAUAAAAGUGAUUCUUUCAGGAACACUUUCUGUAAAAAUUCAGUUUGUAAUUUUCAUUCCAGAAUUUCAGUUCUAUAUAUUUCAACAAUAAAGUUCAUUUGGAGAUAUCAGUUCGAAGUUAAUCAGUUUCAGCUUAAUCUGAGGAUUUCAAUCUUUUCUGUUCCAGCUCUUCUAUGUUCUUGAAUAUUUAUGCCUUCAGAUUUACGGAUUUUCUAAAAAAGGUAUGGUAUAUCACCACUUCAUUCCCAAUCCAUUUCUGAAAAAUACUCACCCCCAUUAAUUGAUGUUUCAUCUUCAAAAAGUUGCAUGCCGCUGCUUCAACUCUCUCAAACUAUAAAUAAGAUGGUCGAGAGAAAAAAAAUCAAAGUGUCCUGCAUCAAAAGUCAUAAAAAUAAGGAAGCAAAUUAAAAGGCUGAAAAAUAUGAUCAUGGAUCAACACAAAAUAUGGGUUGUCAUCGCGACAUUGUUAUUCGCGAUCUCCGCUGCGGAUUUAUCAUCCGCAACGAAAUUCCCGAUCAUUGAUUUUGUCAACAAAUGUGACCAAAAUGUGAGUUUUGAAUGUGGGGCAGUUGAUCGAACUAUGCUAAAGCCAGGCCAAAGAGUUUCACUCGAAGCCAGUUUCAAAAGCUACCCCAAUGCCUAUCAUUGCAAGGGUGAUGACAGUUUCGUAAGCUUCCUUAUUUUCAGAGCAUAUAAUGUGACAAGAGACAAAGAGCAUCAACACAUCCAUUGGAAGUUCAACAGCGUUGGAGCUUAUCUUAGUUAUGAUAAUAUUCACUGGACUUUGGGAUCGGAGUGGGAAUCUGACUAAUUAAAUGGUUUAAUUUAUCAUCACUUUUUAAUUUCUUAUGUUAUAGAUUAUUGUUUGUCGAUGUAAUCCUAUUUCUUUAUAGACUUUAAUCAAUAACAUUAUAUUUAAAUUUGAUUCUUCUUCCUUUUC